CUUUCCCCCUCCUCCUCCACCUCCUCCGUCGGCGGCGCUGGCCGCAGCCUGCAGAAUCCAACAUGGAGUAACAAGAGAUGGGGCUCGUGCGGGGCCACCCUCAGCAACAUCCGCGCACACUCUAAACCACGGGAUUUCGAUAGUCGCGUUUAUCCUUGCGCUGCACGUUUGAACAAGCAAAAGAGAAGGCUCGGAACCCAGGGGAUUUACACUUUUCGGUGGAUACACUUCUCUAAACGUUUGUAGAAAAAAAAAAAGAGAACAAAAAGCGGCAACCCUAAGAAGGGAGAAAGAACAAAGACAAACAUCGAAAAAACUCUGGAGAAAAACGGUGCUACAGUAUGUGAAAGCCAGGAGGUACGGAGCAGAGGCAAAGACAAAAAUGAAGAGAACAGUGUGUGUGCCCGUUGUGGGAAUUCAUCGUAGGUGAAACGUAAAAAAUGACCGAAGAAACACACCCAGACGAUGACAGCUACAUUGUGCGCGUUAAAGCGGUGGUGAUGACCCGUGAUGACUCGAGCGGCGGUUGGCUGGCGCAGGAGGGCGGGGGCCUGAGCCGGGUGGGCGUGUGCAAGGUGCUGCCCAGCGAGCUGAUUGGCCGCAGCGACUUCCUCAUCCACGGCGAGCGGCUCAAAGACAAACAGGUGAUUCUGGAGUGUUUCCUGAAGAAGGACCUGAUCUACACCAAGGCCACGCCCACCUUCCACCACUGGAGGGUGGACAACAAGAAGUGCGGCUUGACCUUCCAGAGUCCGGCCGACGCCCGUGCCUUCGACCGGGGCGUGAGGAAAGCCAUCGAGGACCUGACGGAAGGAUCCACGACUUCCUCUUCCACAAUCCAGAACGAGGCCGAACUGGGAGAUGACGAUGUCUUCACCAACGCCACCGACAGCUCGUCCAACUCGUCCCAGAGGAAGGACCGCCCCGUGCAGCCGCUGCCCUCCCCCAACCUCUGUGACCCCCGCAGGCACCACUGCGUCCUGGGACACUUCCACGACCCCUACCGGCCGCCCCACCACUACUUCCUGGAUCAGUCCGUCCCCAAGUUCCCCCGCCACGUCAGCUUCCAGGACGAGGAGGAGGAGAUCGUGCGCAUCAACCCCCGGGAGAAGACCUGGCUGACGGGGUACGAGGACUACCGGCACGCGGCCGCCCGCGACAAGUUCAUCCGGCCCGAGGACGCCGACUCCUACGUGCACUUCGCCAAGAGCGAGCCGCCCAAGCACGACUACAGCUACCCGUACGUGCCCAGCUCGGACCUGAAGGCCGGGGGCGGGGUCGCGGGGGGCGGCGUGGGCGGCGUGGUGGUCGGGGGCGUGGCCGGGGGCGUGGUCAGCGCCCAGCCCCGCCCCCUGCAGCCCAAGUGGAAGCGGCGGAAGGAGGACGGCGAGCGCUCGCGCUGCGUCUACUGCCGGGACAUGUUCAACCACGAGGAGAACGGGCGGGGCCGCUGCCAGGACGCGCCCGACCCCGUGCGGACCUGCAUCCACCGCGUCAGCUUCAUGUGGUGCGCGGACAGCCUGCUGUACCACUGCAUGUCCGACCCCGAGGGCGAGUACUCGGACCCGUGCUCCUGCGACACGUCGGACGAGCGCUUCUGCCUGCGCUGGCUGGCGCUGGUGGGCCUGUCGCUGCUCGCGCCCUGCAUGUGCUGCUACGCCCCGCUGCGCGCCUGCUACCGCUGCGGGGUGGCCUGCCGCUGCUGCGGGGGGCGGCACAAAGCCGUGGGCUGAGCGGG